UGAACUCAGAAAUAAAUGUAUUUUAGUGUGUUCGUCCUUUUCAUUCGGCCAACGAUACCACUGCGCUUCCAUUGUGACCGAGACUUUAUUUGUAAAAUAUGGCACUGGAGGCCACUGGACGAGGGAGCGUUCGUCUUGGAUCACAUCCCAAUCACACACGGGGCGAUCGAGCUGUACAACUUUUGGACUACGGAAGUAUCGAGCAAUUUGUUUGCCGAUUUCGAAACGCAGCGUCGCAACAUACACCAGAUGCAAACCGCACUCACCGUGAUCAGGUCCCCGUUGCGCAGUUUUGUGCUGGAGGACAAUGCUACCUUCUACACGAUAGAUUUGGAGAAAACCCAGCUUGAUGUAAUAUCUUUUGGGACGCGGUGCAAUGUGGAGACUUUAAAGAUAAAUUAUUGCAAACUGAAACAGUUGCCAGAAUCAAUCAGUAACCUGAAGGCGUUGAAAAUUUUUACACUAAGCCAUUCGUUUAUUCAGGUGGUUGAUUUAAAUUUACUAGCUGAAUUGCCCCGUUUAACUUUGCUAGAUUUGAGCAAAAACCGGCUACACACUCUGUACGACUCGAGUGCCGGAACAGCGACACUCUCGUACCCGUUGUUGGCCGAUCUGUACCUAAGGGAAAACAAGCUGAAACAUAUCAACCUGGACGUGUUCCGACCGAUGGAGUCGCUCACUCGAAUCGAUCUAUCCCACAAUCAGAUUAGUGUGGUGUCGGGAUCGUUAGUGUCGGCCAGCUUAAACUUGCUCGAUUUAUCCAACAAUCGGAUAGUGGAGAUGGAUUGCUGUGGAUGGGCUGUUCCAAUGUUGUACGGUAUGGACGCUAACGAUAAUCGGUUGCGCGCAUUGCCAAAGUGUCUGGAGCAAGCUUUCCUGAAUGUGGUUCGUUUGGCGUUUGAUAGCAAUCAACUUCAGCCGGAUGUAAUGUUCCAGUUCGGUCGACUUACGAGCCUGAAGUUCCUAACACUGACGGACAACAAGCUACCAUACGUCACCCUGAACAUGAGUACCAUCUCCAAACAGCUGAGGCAUUUGAAUCUAAGCCAUAACAAACUAAAACAUCUCGACGUGCCGUAUGCACCAAGCAAGGAUUUCCACAUCGACGUUAGCUCGAACUGUAUUAGCAGUGUAGAUUGGGACAGAGUAUCGGCGAAUCUAACGAAAUUAGGAAUGGGAGAAAAUCCAUUGGACUGUAGCUUUCACAGUAUUUCUACUAGAGCGGACAUUCGAUCGAAGCUGGUGUGUAAAAGGCACAGAAUUGAGCAUUGUGAUUUAUAA